AUGUCUGACUUCUUUUCAACCCUACAGUCUUUUCAACCCAGGACCGUAGCCUGCCAGGCUUCUCUGUCUGUGGGAUGCUCCAGGCAAGAAUGUUGGAGUGGGUUGCCAUGCCCUACUCCAGGGAAUCUUCCCGACCCAAGGAUCAAACCCAGGCCUCUUAAGUCUCCUGCAUUAGCAGGAGUUUUCUAUACCACUAGUGCCAUCUGGGAAAUACAAUGGGAUGUCCAGACCCUCACACAACUCCCCUGCCACACACCGCCUCCCCAGCCCUUCUUUCCCCUGAACCCCUCGGGGGUGAGGGGUGAUGAAGGCAUGCAGGAAAGGUGUUGCAAGAGACUGAAUCAGGCUGGAAAAAAAAUGGUAUCUUUCUUGACCAUGGGAUCAGGUUGGUCUCAGCAGGUUCUUCCUCCAAAUGUCUAUAAUAGCGACCACCUCAUGCCUAGGUGA